AUGAAUUAAUAAAGUUUUGUGUAAGUAAACUUAGAACAUGAUUAAAUAAAAAAAAGGGUCAACUCACUUAAAUUUUAAUUAAAGGACAUCGAUCAGAAGAACUUCAUUAUAUAAUAGAAAUUAAAAGAUUUGAGAUAAUUAUCUCCUGAUGCUAAAAAGUCGCCUAUUGCAUAAUUACAAGAAUAAUUGGGUUUGGAUAGAAAGCAAAUAAUGGAGUAAUUCAAACCUAUUAUUGAGAAGGAAGGAGUAUAUGUUAGAAAUGAACGAUUAAAAACAGAAUCAUAUUUGCAAAACUCAAGAAAUGCUGAAAUUUAACAGAAAAAAAUCAAGGUUAAAUAAAUUGAAGAUCAAGAUUCUUAAGUCUUAAGGAGGAAGGCAGAGUUCUAUGAAAAAAAGAUCAAUGAAAUUAGGUAACGAUAAGUGUAGGAAAUGGAAUUGAAUAAAUUAAUAGUUCAUAAGAAAGUAAUGGAGAUCAAUAAUUACAAGAGAUAUGAAUAAUAAUUAUUAGGAGAAAUCACUCUGGCAAAAUAAAAGGAGUAAUCAUUGAAUAACAGAUUCUGCUAGUUUGCUACUUCCUCUGAUAAUAGCAUAAUGUUGCCAUUAAUCUCAAAAACAAAUAGUAGAAUGAGUUAAAAAAGUUAUUCUUAAUAAAGAUCUAUUAUGGGUAGUAAUUCUGUUUAAAGAUCUGAAUAAUAACUAAAUAGAUUUUAGAGAAGUGAUACAAAGAAUAAUAAUUCAUUUAUUGAUUACGUAGAGAAUAAAGGAUUAAGAACUAAAUUGAUGAAGGAAGAGUAAAAUGAAUUCAAUAUUGGAUGCCAGACAAGUUUUAUACUGACUGAUAAAAACUAAUAAAGUGUUCAGCAUUCAUAAAACUUUGAUACUUAUUGCAGCAAUAAUUAAAAUGAAUCAUUUGAGAAGAUGUAAAAAAACAAAUAAAAAUAAAAAAGUAAAAAAUGA